AGUUUAGUGACAGAGGUCUGAACAGCAGCAUCAGCCUGGACACUGAAUCACAGCUGGACAUGAAGCACUUUAUGCAUAAUUAAACCACCACUUAAGGCAAAUAUGGGGGAGACCGUUGAUGUCAAGGCUCUGAGGGCCAGGUUCAUUAACAACGCCAGCACCUCGGACACCAGCAGCCGAGACAGCAGCUCCCCAAAAUCUCCACAACCUGGGUUUGGAAGGCCAAUCCUGCCAGUGACUGAAAACAAUCUGACACACCACAGACUGUCGCCUACGGUUCCUCUUCCUGCAAUGGCCAGCCCGGGCCUGACGAGGUUCCCGAGGGCAGAACCGAUGUCAGCCUCUAGACCUCCCUUCCCUCGACCUCCUCCCAUUCCUGGAGUCAGAGCAUCCGUUGAGCCUGUAGACCCCGGCAAGGUCAAGCAGACGGAAGAGAUAUUACAGAACAUGAUGCUGAGGCACCAGAAGCCUCUGGCCACCAAACCAGCACCGGCUCCUGGUGUGACCUCCGCAACAGCUCCCACCUCCACCCCUCUACCGCUCCGACAACAGCCCCGACAGAGGAGCUCAGGGGAUGUGACCCCUCUGAGGAGGCCCUUACCUCCAGAGGGACCCAUGCCUUUAAAACCAAAACGGCCUCCCAACGUCAACCUGGAGCCUUUUUUGAGGUUCAACCGGGGACCUGCCCUUCCUGGUCUGAGAAAGAGUAAUGCAGGUUCCCCGAGCUCAUCGGGCAGACAGAUGUCUUUACCGGCAGUCAACAGUCCUCCAAAGCCACCACAGCGAUUCAACAAGCCCAGCAGGCUGCCGCACCAAAUUGCUUCCGUGGACAUUGAGGAUAACCAGGACUUCUACGAUGAUAUUGCAAGCUUUGAGAAAAACGAGUCCUGGAGCGACAACAGUUCACACUGUAUAGAUGGGGAUGAUGAUGAAGUGUACGAGUUUAUAGAUGAGGACCAGGUGGAGCAAAAUCGAUUAACUGCUGAGAAGCAAAAUAAAAAAGAUGCUAAGAGGCAAAAGGCACAGGAGAAGAAAGAUCAGAUGGAGCGUCUGAAAAAAGAAAAUGAGUUGAGGAAGAACUUUCAGUUACAAGGGGAGGUGGAGGUUCUUCAUACAGCCAAAGUCCGGCAUGACUGGUAUGGAGGAGGAAAACUGGACCUCAGCGUAAGGCAAGGAGAGAGCGUGGAGAUCCUGCGUGUGAAGAAUAACCCUGGAGGCAAAUGGUUGGCUCGCUCUCUGAAUGGAAACUAUGGAUACAUUAGUAACACAUGCGUGGAUGUUGACUAUGAAGCAGUGAAGCGCAAAGUGCUCCAGUCAAGAAAAAUAGACUCAUCGCCGUUGCCUCCACCACCUCCAGACCCCCCACAUAUGUUACAUGUGGAGUUGAACAGUCACAGCAGCAUGCUUCAAGAUGAUGAUGACUAUGAUGAUGUUCAACCAAUGACUGAGGAUUUUCCCCCACCACCACCUGAAAUCAGCAUAGAUCCCAAGGUGGAGAAGGAUCUAAAAAAAAGAUUUAAGUAUGACGGACCUCUCAGGGUGCUUUACACCAUGAUGGUGGAUCCCAAUGGCAUCAUAAAGAAGCCAGGAGGGAAGGAUCUGUCUGUGGUUCAGGGAGAAGUCGUGGACAUCAUCCAGCUCACCAACAGCAAGAAAGCUCUUUGUCGCAAUCGGUUCGGAAAAUAUGGUUAUGUGUCUAGAUCUCUUCUUCUGCCAAUGGAGGGAGACAUUUAUGACGAUGUCGACUAUCCGGGCGACGUAUACGACAACGACUCUCCACACUGAUUAUUAAAACAUAUCAAACUAAAUACACAUGCAACCAAACAAAAGAAACAAACUAAAUAAAGAUUAAAACCGAAAUUUAGGCUACAUCCACACUCAUACCUUUUCAUUUUCAAAAGCAUAAACAUUGUUAUGUACUACUGUGUCAUUUUGGAACCCCUAAAACGGAGACUUUUGAAAAUGCUGCUUUUUAGUUUGAAAACUCCGGGGUUGUGUUUUAGGCCGAACAGGCGAAAUAACAGACUUUUGAAAGUGAUGCUCAUGCAGAUAUCAGCAUUUGCUUUCCGAUUGGGUAUUAUCAGUUCCGACAAGCCAAAACAUUAUAGCUCAGUCUACAUACCUUUUGUGAUUUCAGUCCUCUCGUAUUGCUGCUCCUUUCCCAUCGCCUCCCAUACUCCCAUUACCACUCUAAUGGCUCAUUUAUGCUUAACGUUAGAUACAGAUAUAGAGACGGACUGAGCCUUCUGUCCAUAACAAAGAAAUUAACCGCUGAGCAGUUAGUCUGCUACCUGUUUACACUGACACCUGCGUGUCCAAUGUACGUGAAUGGUCAUGGGAUAGCCUAUGCAUUUUCAGGCAUGUUAGUACAGAUGGAAAUUAUAUACGCAUAUGGACAUUUCUCAUUUUAAAGCACUGUUUUAAAAUGAAAAUGUAUUAGAGUGGAUGUGGCCUUCAGCGUUAUAAAAGAGGAUGCUAAAACAGCCAGAGCUGUCACAAAAAACCAAACUAUCUUAUAUAAAACUAAGACUGUAUUAAAACUACGUAAAACUGAGGGAAAAAAAGAGAAACUAGAGUGAGGAGUCUAGAUACACUCACACACACACACACACACACUGUGCGGAGGAUAACAAACUUGCCAUCAUUCCAUUGUCUGUCAAACUGCUUGUAUAGUAAAUAAAUACACUAUUACUGUAGCUUUCUGAAUUGCUUGAGAUAAUAUAAAAUACAUGAAAUACAUGUUUUACUUGGUAGGUGUGUCCCUUUUUAAAAUGUACUCUUUGCUUUCUUUGUUGAAUAAAAAGAAGCACCACUGGAAA